AUGUUUGACAGCUCACAGUACCCCUAUAACUGCUUCAAUGACGACGCUGACGACUACCCUGCCGGCAGCUCCGACGAGGAAAAGCGGCUCACAAGGCCAGCGUACAGCUACAUCGCACUCAUCGCCAUGGCCAUCCAACAGAGCCCCGCAGGUCGCGUGACCCUGUCCGGCAUCUACGACUUUAUCAUGCGCAAGUUCCCCUAUUACCGCGCCAACCAGCGCGCCUGGCAGAACUCCAUCCGCCACAACUUGUCGCUCAACAGCUGCUUCGUCAAGGUGCCACGGACCGAGGGCCACGACAAGGGUAAAGGCAACUACUGGACGUUCGCGGGCGGCUGCGAGUCCCUCCUGGACCUUUUCGAGAAUGGCAACUUCCGUCGGCGACGCAGGCGACGCGGCCCCAAGCGCGAGGAGGCACCGGGUUCCCUCCAGCCAGCAGCGCGCGGGUCCCCGGGACCCGACGGCAUGCAAGCCCCAGAUCGCGAGGUCCAGGCCAGCCCUGCGACACAUAGAGACAUCAAAUUUAGCAUUGACUACAUCUUAUCUUCCCCGGACCCUUUCCCAGCUCUCAGAUCGUCCUGUCACUCACAGGAAGCCAGGUACCCGGCUCUGGAGCCCCAGCAAAUGAGCUUCCAGUUUUGGGCAGCAUGA